AUGGAACCGCCGGCACCUGACGCGCGGAAACCGACACCGGAACCGGAAGUGGGGUUUGAUUUUGGGAGGUUUUUGGAGAUGUUGCGACAUCGUUCCGCCGAUCCCGUUGCUCGAUACAUGAAAUCUUUUUUGUCCGAGUUCGCGAAAAAGCAAUGGCGAGUCGAGGAGCAGGUGAGGAUUAUUCAAGAAUUCCUCGAUUUCAUACACGAGAAGAUGAGUGCGCCAGGGACACCCUGGGCCAACGUCUCAGACGCGGAGUUCGCCAACGCAAGAGAAGGAAUGGAGAAGCUCGUGAUGAACCGGCUGUACGCUCUGACGUUCUCGCCGCUGGUGAUCGAGAAGCGGAAGAAAGAGCAAGGGAGGGAAAAGGGGGUGAGAGAGACAGGGCAUGAAGAGGAUGUGGAAAGGGAUGAGCAAUUGGAGAUGAAGAUGAGGGUGUAUGCGUGGGUGAGGGAGGAACAUUUGGAUAUCCCGUGUACACCGAUGAACGAGACGUUCCUUAAGUUGGCUGGUGAAGAGCUGUGCAAGAUCAACUCAUACAGAGCACCGAGGGAUAAAUUGAUCUGUAUCCUUAACUGCUCAAAAGUCAUCUUCGGCCUCCUCCGCCACGCCUCCAUCACCGAAUCCGCAGACUCCUUCCUCCCAUUUCUCAUCCUCGUCAUCCUACGCUCGCGUCCCGCGCACCUUAUCUCGAACCUGAUGUUUGUGCAAAGAUUUAGGGGGGAGGGUGGGUUAGGAGGGGAGGGUGGUUAUUACUUGAGCAGUUUGGGGGGAGCAGUUGGGUUUUUGGAGGGGAUUGGGAGGGGGGAUUUAACGGUGAGCGAUGAAGAAUUUGAGCGGAAUGUUGAGAAUGCGAUUUCGACGAUAGCGGAAGAGGAUGCACACCUCGCGGCUACUGCUUCACCAUCAGAACCCUCGACCCCACCUCCAGUCACUACACCACCACCAGACGAAACCGAAACUGAAAUCGAAGCCCCGGUAGUAGUGACCACACCCCGGCCAUUACUUGCACCAACACGCGAGAUAUUAUCAAAGUCCUCUAACGCGAUCAAAACGAUAUCAAAACCUUUGAGUGGGAUUGGGAGCAGGUUUUGGAGUACGGCGGCGGCGGUGAGUGACAGUGUGCGCGGGGGCGGACAAGUUACGGAAGAUGAAGGGGAGGUGGUGGAGGAUAAGGUGAGAGGAGGGACGGGGUUGGAUGAGGGGGAGGAGAGGGGGGCGAGGGUUGGCAGACGGGGGUCAAGGCCAGGAGAGGAUGAGGGUGAGGGUGGGGAUGGACCGCCAUUACCGGCUCGACGGUCGACACUUUCGACUCAAGUGACGCCGUUCACCGGCCUACCACCCGACCUCACCGCCGAAUCCGCCUCAAUGGAGACUUACGAAGCCGAACGUCGGGCUCGGGAGGAACAUGCGGAGACAGUUGAGACGUUAGCUCAGAUGUUUCCGGGUGUGGAGAGGGAGGUUGUCGAGGUUGUUGUUAUUGAGAAGGCUGGGAGGGUUGGAAGUUGUGUUGAUGUGUUGUUGGAGAUGGGGGGAUGAAUACCUAGUUAAGCAUAUAGCAUUGCGUAUUGUUUUUCUCGAG